AUGGAUCAUUCAAGUUCUGCCUCUACCAGUGGCAGUGAUAGCGCCACUGCUGCUAGUGUAUCUGCUGCCAAUGAAUUACUGGAUAAACCCCUAUGGAAAUAUGUUACCCAAUUGGAUGCUAGAGUGGAAGCAGGAGGGAAUUUGUCUUGGAAGUGUAACUUUUGUAAAAAAGAUUAUAAAAGAUUGCCGUUCAAUUUGGCAAAGAACCCUUACUUCCAAGCUUCAUAUACUUAUGCAGCAAAUCAUAAUAUUGGAGGUUAUUUACCGCCGGGAUAUAACGCGUUGCGAACCACUCUGUUGCAAAAAGAGAAAGAAAAUAUUGAUAGGUUGUGUGAACCUAUUCGAGAAGUGUGGACUCAUAAGGGGGUGAGUAUUAUAAGUGAUGGGUGGAGCGAUUCACAAAGGAGGCCUCUCAUUAAUUUCAUGGCAGUAUCUGAUGGUAAAACAAUGUUUUUAAAAUCAGUUGAUUGCUCGGGGGAGAUUAAGGAUAAAAAUUUCAUUUUCAGGUUGCUGAAGGAAGUUAUUCAAGAAGUAAGAGAGGCGAACGUGGUUCAAGUAAUCACAGAUAAUGCUGCAAAUUGUAAGGGAGCAGGCUGGAUUUCUGAUAUUAUAGGUGAUGUUGCUGCAAUAAAGCAUUUCAUUAUGAAUCAUUCUAUGAGAUUGGUAAUCUAUAAUGAGUUUGUGAGUUUGAAGUUGCUUUCUAUUGCUGACACUCGUUUUGCUUCAAUGAUUAUGAUGCUGAAGAGGUUCAAGUUAAUAAAGAGCAGUCUCCAAAAUAUGGUGAUAAGUGAAAAAUGGAAUAUUUAUAGAGAUGAUAAUCUUGGGAGGGCCAGACUUGUGAAGGAAAAAUUAUUAGAUGAUUGUUUUUGGGAUUCAGUUGAUUACAUACUUGCCUUCACUGCUCCUAUUUAUGAUAUGAUCAGAGCUUGUGACACUGAUAGAGCUUGUCUUCACUUGAUAUAUGAUAUGUGGGAUUCAAUGAUUGUGAAAAUGAAGAAAGCUAUAUACCAUAAAGAGAGGAAGGGGAUGGAAGAGAGCUCCUCUUUUUAUAAUGUGGUGCAUCGCAUUCUUGUGGAUCGUUGGACAAAAAAUUCAACUUCACUACAUUGUUUGGCACAUGCUUUAAAUCCCAAAUACUAUAGUCAGCAAUGGCUUCAGGAAGAUUCUAGUCGAGUUCCUCCACACAUGGAUUUAGAGCUUACUCAAGAGCGACAAAGAUGUUUAAGGAGAUUCUUUCCUGGCAUGGAGGACCGAGGCCGGAUUAGUUUGGAGUAUGCAGAUUUUAUUAGCAAUAGUGGAACCUUUGACAAUUUUGAUGCCAUCAAUACUCAAUACACUAUGGAUCCGAAAUCUUGGUGGCUACUUUAUGGUACUUUUACACCGAUGCUGCAAAAAAUAGCAUUGAGACUUGUGCAACAACCCUCCUCUUCAUCAUGUGUUGAACGCAAUUGGAGUACUUAUUCUUUUGUGCAUUCCAUCAAGAGGAAUAAAAUCACUCCAAAACAUGUUGAAGACUUGGUUUAUGUGCAUAGCAAUCUUCGACUCUUAUCAAGAAAGACUCCUAGUUAUGCACAAGGAGCAACUCAAAUGUGGGAUAUUGCUGGAGAUACAUUUGAUUCACUUGAUGAUAUUGGAGAUCUUCAAUUUGCUAGUCUUUCCCUUGAUGAGCCAAAGAUAGAGGCUAUGAUUAUUCAAGAUGGAGAUGAAAAUAAUUGA